AUGGGGGACGCGGCGCCGGGGGGAACGCGCCCGCCUGGGGCCUCCUUCACCAUCGAGUACCUGCUGUCGGGGCGGGAUGGUGGGGGGCCCUGUGCCCCCCCUGCCUCCAGCAGGAGCCCCCCGCCAGCCCCCCGCACCCCUGCGGAGCCCGGGGACAAGCCGGCGCAGUCCUACAUCGCCCUCAUCUCCACGGCCAUCCUCUCUUCCCCGGAGAAGAAGCUGCUGCUGUCCGACAUCUACCAGUGGAUCAUGGACAAGUAUCCCUACUUCAAGAACAAGGAGAAGAGCUGGCGCAACAGCGUGCGGCACAACCUGUCCCUCAACGAGUGCUUCGUCAAAGCUGGCCGCAGCGACAACGGCAAGGGCCACUUCUGGGCCAUCCACCCCGCCAACGUGGACGACUUCGCCAAGGGCGACUACCACCGCCGGCGGGCGCGCAGGCGCAUCCGCAGGCUGGCGGUGAACAUCGGCUACUGCCACCCCUACGCCCUGUACGGCCUCAGCUGCUGCUGCCCCUGCUGCCCCCCGCUGCCUGCCGGGCCCCCCCUGGCCCCCCCGGUGCUGCCCCCCCUCGCCCUGCCCGCUGCCCCCCGCCUCUCCCUGCCCGAGAGAGCGUGGUGGGGACGGGUCCCUGGCCCCCAGGUCCUUGCCCCCCUCUUCCCUGGUCCCCGCGUCCCCUUCCUGUAG